AAACUCCAAAGUCAACCAUGUUCCAAAAAGAAGAAAACAAAAACCACACUUUCCCUUUCCUUUCCCACUUUCACAAUCUCAUCGGAGACACCAAUACACCGCGAAGCACCCGAUCCCUCCUCUCGCCGAGAAGAAGAACAGCAUACAAGAAAAGAGCACCCAGUCAAAAACACUCUACGAUGUUGUUUCUGUCUUAGAGUCUGUUACUCUAAAUUUCGUCGACGAUGUUCAACAACGGCUACAACAACAACAACAGAAACGGAUUGAACUCGAUGUCGCCCACAUCAUCAUCGACAACGACGACGACCCAAACGACGUCGUCUUCUUCGUCUUCCUCAGCGGCAACAACAAAUUCCCAAACCCAGUCCCUUAUAAAGGCCUAUUUCAAAACCCCAGAGGGCCGCUACAAGCUUCACUCGGAGAAGACUCGGCCUCCCAAUCUCCUUCCUUAUUCGUACGCCAAGUCAAUUUCUCAGGUGACCGUAGCCCAGCUCAAGGAUAAGCCUAGCCAGCCUGGGCUGACGCCCAGUUUCAGCACCACAGGAGUGAGGUCUGCAGCGGCGAGGCUGUUGGGAGGAAAUGGUGGCAAAGCUCUCAGCUUUGUGGGAGGGGGUGGCUAUAGCAAAACCAGCAAUGGAAGUAGUAGAAGUAGUCAUUUUGCAGGGUCUAAUGGGACUCAUUAUACAAAUAGUUCCAGUCACGGUGGCAAAGGGUUCUUUUUGGUUUUCAAUGUUGGAGAUACUGUUUAUAUCAGUGACCUCAAUUCGCCUGACAAGGAUCCUAUAAAAUCAUUGCAUUUUAGUAAUUCGAAUCCGGUGUGUCAUGCAUUUGAUUCUGAAGCCAAGGAUGGGCAUGACUUGCUUAUUGGAUUGAGCUCUGGAGAUAUUUAUUCGGUGUCUUUGAGACAGCAAUUGCAAGAUUCUGGAAAGAAGCUUGUUGGUGCCCAACAUUAUAACAAAGAAGGUUCUGUUAGUAGCAGUCGGUGUACCAGUAUUGCAUGGGUUCCCAAAAGCAACGGUGUUUUUGUUGCUGCUCAUGCUGAUGGAAACUUGUAUGUGUAUGAGAAGAGUAAGGAUAGUGCUGCUGAAUCUUCUUUCCCUGUUAUAAAGGAUCAUACUCAAUUUUCGGUGUCUCAUUCAAGAUCCAGUAAGAGUAAUCCAAUUUCCAGAUGGCAUAUUUGCCAAGGUUCAGUAAACAGCAUUGCUUACUCACCAGAUGGGACAUAUUUGGCAACAGUUGGUAGAGAUGGCUACUUGCGAGUAUUUGACUACUCAAAAGAACAACUAAUUUUCGGUGGCAAGAGUUACUAUGGUGCUCUUCUUUGUUGCGCCUGGAGUCCUGAUGAGAAAUACAUUUUGACUGGAGGGGAAGAGGAUCUCGUUACAGUAUGGAGCAUGGAAGAUCGAAAAGUAGUAGCUUGGGGUGAAGGGCACAACUCAUGGGUUAGUGGUGUGGCUUUUGACUCAUAUUGGUCACCACCAAGUUCAGAUGACACAGAAGAAAAUAUUGUCUACCGUUUUGGUUCUGUGGGUCAGGACACAAAAUUACUCCUGUGGGACUUGCCUAUGGAUGAGAUUGUAGUGCCACUUCGCCGGAGUUCACUUGGUGGAUCUCCAACGUUUAGCACCGGUAGCCAGUCAUCCCAUUGGGACAGCACUUGUCCAGUUGGCACCCUUCAACCUGCUCCAAGCAUGCGGGACGUUCCAAAGCUCUCCCCACUAGUGGCACACUGCGUUCAUUCUGAGCCCCUAUCUGGCUUAGUUUUCACAGAGGAAGCAAUUCUCACUGCAUCUUGGGAAGGGCAUGUCAAAAUUUGGAAGAGACCAGGCGAACCUGAAAGUAAAUCAAACUCAGAAUCCCUGGUCGGUGCUAGUUCAAAGGACCAACCCCUCACGGGCAAAGGUUACACAGAAUUGUCGAAAAGCAAGCAAUUGGCUGAAAGUAAAUCGAACAACUCAAAAACCCUGCUAGGUGCUAGUUCAAAGGACCAACAAUCACUGACAAGCAAAGGUGGUGUUUUUAAUUUCAAAGAAAUGUCAAAAAGCAGUCGAUUGGGAUACCUUCCAUAGAGCUGAAUCUCCGUUUGAACCUGUAAUUAUGCCACUUCCAACGACUUGGUGCCUUCAGAUUAUCAUGUAAAUGCAUACCAGUAUGCACAGAGGACAUAAUCUAGCUCAAGGUAAUCAACGACAAUCUCUUUUAGAUAAGAGGGAUAGAGAGGCGUAGAGAGAGAUGCACUUGUUAUAAUUGUGUUGUUUUUUCGGGUUUUGCUAGAGUAGGUUUACAACUUACAACUCACCAAUGCUCACAUAAUGGUGACCGAAAAUUAUCCAUAGAACAAUACAUGUACAAAUGCCAUUAUUUUGCAUCUGCAGGGGCGCAAUCUUUUCAUUAUCCUUGUAACUUAAGAGAAUCUACUUUUGUAAUGAUUACCGAAAAUAAAACAACAUGCGUCUUCUUUGCUUGAAUUUUGACU